AUGGUAGCUCGGUUAUAUGAAAAAAAAGAUGCCGUUGACCAAUUUGAAGAAGGCAUGUUUGAAUAUCCAUAUAUUGUUAGAAAGUAUGCAAUUGAUUGUUUAGUUCAACUCGACCCAUACAAAAUACAUGAUCGACGUUAUGACCUCAUGUUGGAUGCGGGUUGUGGUAACGGUGGUCAUACAAGAAUGUUUGCUAAACAAUUUAAUGAAAUUAUUGGAUUUGACAAAAGCCAAGAACAAAUUAAUAUGGCCAACAAGAAGAAUGGUCAUGACGGCAUUCAAUAUGUUGUUGCAGAUGAGAACAGAAUGCCGGCUUCUGAAAACACAGUAGAUCUAAUAUGGAGCUUCUUUUCUAUUCAAUACAUGAAUGUUGAAACUUUUGUAACAAAAUGUAAAAGAGUUUUGAAACCAUCAGGAUGUGCAUUACUUACCGGAUUUAACAUUGUUGAUAUCACUUUGUUACAAACAGGAAUCCAUGGAGGCGAUUCUGGAAUGCUGGCGUUUGCAAAAUACCUCAAGAAAUCAAAUGAGUGGUCCAAAACUCACUUAACGACAGAAUAUGAAGUUUAUUCGAGGUUACCGAACGUUUUUCAAAAAAUAUCAAGCGUACAAAAGUUCAGGAAUGAUGAUUUGGUUGGAACCAUCACAUUGUCAUUGGAGAAGUUGACAAAAUACAUUGUGGGUGUCCCUGAGUACAAUGAGUUUUUAGAAUGGUCAAAAAUCCACCAUAAAUCCGAUCCUUUAGAAGAAGGCAUGAAAGAAAUGAAGAAAAUGUGGAGUUUAGAAAAUAAAGCUGAUAGUGAAGUCAACGUUUGUCUGAAGUUAUCAUUUUUUGUGUUUUUUUUCUCAAAAUGA